AUGAGCAAACAUGCAAGUGCACCCGAAGGCGGCUAUGACUGCAUUGUGAUGGACCCGCCGUGGGAGAACAAGUCAGCCAAGCGCAGUGGGCACUACCCCACCCUGCCCUCCCGCCAUCUGCUCAGCAUCCCCAUCGCACGCCUGCUCAACCAGCAGGGAGGACUGCUGGCGCUGUGGGUGACUAACCGGGAGCGGCUGCGCCGAUUUGUGGACCAGGAGCUGCUGGCGAAGUGGGGCCUGGAGCAGGUCGCUACCUGGUUCUGGCUCAAAGUGACCAACAGCGGCCAGCUUGUGUCUCCCCUGGAGGUGGCGCACCGGCGGCCAUAUGAAGCUCUGCUGCUGGCCCGGCUGCGCCCGAGCGCCGCGUCAGGGAGUGACACCAAUGAAGAGGGUCGCGCAGUGCGCAACAUGGUGUUUUUGGCUGUGCCGGGUGAGCACUCGCGCAAGCCGCACAUCGGUAGCUUGCUAGCGCCGCACCUGCUCGCGCAGCCGGCCUGCCUCGAGAUGUUUGCCCGCGAGCUGGCGGCUGACUGGACAUCCUGGGGGAAUGAGGCGCUGCGAUUCCAGACACUGGACCAUUUCAUAGACAAAUAG